AUGAAUGAGCCCACGGUGCAGCCCGAGAGGGAGGAGGCCCCCGAGGCGCCGCACGCCGGCGGCGGAGGCCUCGCGCGAGGGCCGUCGAAGUCUGGCGGACUCCUGGAGCGAGGGGAGAGGGAAGAGCUCAGCGGCGCAGAUCAAUCGCCGGACGCGAAAACGACUGAAGCAAACUCGCCGCCUCCUCCCGUCGCGACUCAGACGUCUCUAGUCAACGGUGGUCUGCUCAAGAGCCAGCAGCAAGCUGCCAACCCGCUUGCCUACGUGCUGGAGAGAAGAAAGCACACGUCGCUGUCGGCGCUUCACUCCUCGUUGGCUGCCUCGUGCUCGUCUCUGCAAGAUCAGUUGCUAACUUACCUGCAGACCAACUACGCGGAAAUUUCUUCCAUCGCCUCGGAGUUGGACGACGCGGACGGCGAGCUUCUUCCACUUCUUGCGCCGCUCUCGGAGUACAAAUUGCGUGCGCAGACUGUGUUCCGUCAGUUGACUGCUCAGAGGUCGUGUCUCGAGUUCCUUCUGCUGCAGAAGGAGCGCGCACUCCGACGACGUCGGCAUCUGCGUCUCAUCAGCCAGUCGUAUCGGGCCUUCUGCGUCACGACGGCAGAUCUCGCGGCGCUCCUGGACGCCAAAGGUGGGCAGGAGGCGCCGCGAGAUCUGCCAGCGCAGAGGGGUGCUCAGGACUCUGCGGCGCCGCCCUCAGGCAUCGCGGCGAAUUCCGCCUCGCCUGCACUGGGGACGGAUUCCGCAGCUCAUGGAGAGCCAGGCGAAGCCAACGAAGAGAGGAGAAGAGAAGUUCUGGCGGCGCGCGAGCGCUUCUGGGUCUCGGUGCGCGAGCUGCGCGACGCCUUGGAGCUGGCCUCGAGUCUCAGCGCGGAUGGCGCGCGCCCAGGAGACGCCUCCAGGGGCGACGCGAGCGCGGCCGCAGCGGUCGGAGACGACACGCUGGCUCUGGCGGCGUCAGAGCGGGCGGGCGUGGCGGCUCGCGCGGCCUUGGCUUCGACGGCGAGGGAGGAAGGCGACAACCUUCUUUUCGAAGGUGAAGCGCUGUUGCGCGCGUGGCAGGCAGGGCGCCCUUUGCCUCUGCUGCCGAUGCCUGAGCACCUGCUGAGGCGCUUCGUGUCCCUCGAGACCGCAGCGCGCGAACUGAGGCGACUGGAAGAGUGCAUCAUGGGAGCGAUGCCCUUCUUCCCCGAAGCCCCGCUGGAGGGAAGGGCGUGCUCCGACGGCGGCUCAGACCCGCUGCAGUCGCGUGAACCGCCAAACUCGGGUUCAUCUUUACACGCGCUGAUGCGUUCUGGAGAGGCUGGCGAGAAGUGGCCUUCUCUAGAAAGCAUCGAGCGUCGGACGAGGCACUUCCUUCGCUCCGCGACGCCCCUCGCCGACGGGGGACAGUCCCCCGCGUCGCCUUCGGGUUCGCAAGCCUUUCGCGCGCGUGUCGAACCUCGCGCCGGUUCUUCCGAGGCUGCGCAGGCGGACGGGCGGCUUCCAGACGCCGCGGCGGGCGACGCGCUGGCGGAGAAGGACAGCGACCAGGCAUGCGUCUCGCUUCUCCUUCCCCUGGGGCUCUCGGAUCUGGCGACGGCCGUGGGUGAGCUGCGCGUCGCGAUGCAGGCUCGCCUUCUCCGGGAGCUGCGCGACCUCCUGCGGGCGCUCUGUCUCUCAGCCAUCGAGGCCAGAAGGCGCGACGAGAGAGACCCGAAAGAGGGUCCUCGUGGCAAGCCUGCGGCCGGUAUCGCUGCGGAGACGAAGCGAGCGGAGGACGGCGAGGCUCCUUCCCAGGGCGCCGUCACGCGAGAGGCGGAGGCAUCCCGAGGGCAGGAACAGGCUCACGUAGAAGAGGAAUGGUGUCUGGCGCUGGAGCACCUCGUUCGUCCUCUCCUCGAUGGCGCGGGGCCGUCGACCAAAGCGGCGAUGCGGCAGCAAGUGGAAGAUCUGUUUCGUCGGUUUUUCGUCGACGCCAUGGUCGCCGACGCCCUAGCGGCCUCUCAGCAGCUCCUCGCGCCGCCGGCUCGCGGCAGCAGGUCAAGCCCCGAGGGCGCGCCUGGGAGGAAAGAGGCGAACGCCUACCGCGCCUUUCUUCGCGCGCUGGCGGCGAGUCUCGCCGCGCCGCCCUCCGUCUUCCUCUGGCUCGCUUGGCAGCUCUCUGCGCGAGGGCACGGCCGUAGGUCCUGCGCAUUUUUUCUGAACUCGUCUCGAGCGCGUCAGACAGCCGCUGCUCGCGUCGCCGGCGCAGAAGGCGAAUCCCCCAGAGGGGCGCUUCCCGGUUCGCCGUUUGUCGAGUGCUGCUGCUGCUGCUGUGAGGACGGCGCAGAGGCCUCAAGCGGAGGCCUCGCUGCUGGGCUCCUCGGAGAAAGUGGGGAGGAGAGGGAGCGACCGGCAGCGGGGAUGACGCGAGAGAGAACGGCGAAGCUCUGCCUGCUUUCCGACGUGCUUGGCGGCCAAGUACUGCAGGCCAUUGAAUCCUCCUUUGGGCGGCUUUUCAAGCCUGCUUUCAAAGACGUCUUUGUUUCCGUCUACGUCGACACGCUUAAUUUCUUCUCGUCACUGGAGUCGCUCAUGGCUCCGUGCGAGCGCGCGCGCUUCCGCGCCUCGGCGGCCGUCGCUGGCCUCGCGUCGCGGCGAUCUCCACUUCCGCUUUGGGCUACCAUCGUCGAGGCGCAGCAGCUGGAGCUGCUGGAGUCUCAGCUGCGGAGUGACCAGCGCAGCGAAGCCAAGAGGCUCGCGGCUCGGGGCGAGGAAGAGCUCCGUGGCGGCCUCGACGUCCACAGGCAGAUCGCCUAUCUCGACGAGACUUUUUGGUUUCCCUCCUCGGUGCUUCUCCUUCGUCUGCUUCGCUGCCGUUUCGCUGCGGGCGAGCUGUCUUCGUCCGCUCUGCCUGUCUCCUCGUCUGGCUCUUGCCUCUUCUCUUUUUCUACUUCGGCGGCGGUGACCGGCGCUCGUGGCGCAUCAGAGGAUGCCGCGGCUCUCCAGUUUCCAACUCAGUUGGAAAUGCGCCGAACGUCUCGCCUGCUGGCGUCGCAGUGUCUGGGAGAGUCGCUGAGUUUUUUUCUUUCUGCUCUGUCGGCCUUCGCGCGCGCCCUGCCCUCGAUUGCGCGUGGCGUUCCGACGCAGCAGCCUGCCCACGCAGGCCUUUCUGGAGGCGUGCCGCCGCCCGAGAGCCCUCUCGACGGCGGUCGCGGGGAGCUCUCGCUCGCGGCUUGCACACGCGCCUUGCUUCUCGUCUCGGACGUCUUGGCUCUUCUCCAAUGGACUGCGCCGUCGCCUGCGCAUCCGCAGCUCGUGCGGUCGCCCGCCGCCGCCGCGCGUUCUUUCGCCUCCGCCGAUUCGCCGUCGCCUUCCUUUCCUCAGCGACUCGCGGUGGAAAUAUCCGUGCCGGCGCCUGCUUUGCGGGAGGCGGACGGCGGAGAAGACGUCGCACCCGCAGAGCUGCGCGUGGGCGCCGUCUUCGAGGCUGCGAUCCGACAGGUGGCGUGCGGUGUCGAGGCGUCUUUGCCGGUUGGCGAGUGCUGCAUGCGCUGCGAGGCACAGAAUUCUCAGUCUGCUCUCGCGUCUGGUUGCGCGGCGCCAGGCGCGUGCACGCGCGGCGGCAGAGAGGCUGAGAAAAUCAAACAAGGCAACGAACUCAUCACCACGCUUUGGGAGAUUUUCCAGCGGGGCGCCGAGACACUCAUCGCUGUGCGCACGCGGCUGGAACAGCAGAUUCUGAGCGAGCUUCAAAACAGCUGUAAGGCCAAUCUGCUGCCCCUGCGAAGCAUUCCCGCCGCCUACCGCAUGACGCAGAAGCAGACGCCGCGGGCCGCGUCGCCGUACGUCGACCGCGUGCUGCAACCUCUGCUGCUCUUCCGCACGUCUGUCGAUGCCGUUUUGCCAUCCGAUGUCGCAAAGAGCGUCCUGCGUCGCGUGGCGGUGGCGGUUAGCUCGCUGUGGAUCGACGAGGUUGGACAGCUGCUGCAGGCAGAAGAGCAAAAAGAAAGUGCGCUGCAGAGGCUCCAGCGAGGCGGCGCACGCGGCUCGAAGGGCGCGGGCGGUGCCGGAGCGAGCUUGUCGGACUUCCAGAAAAUGAAGCUUCAGCUCUUUCUCGAUGGACAAGCUCUUGCAGAAGGACUCCUCCAGAGCGUCGCCGGAGAGUCUGCCGGCUCUCGGCUGCUGCGGUCACAUUUUGCGCUACUCGACAAGGUCGGAGGUUUAACAGCUGGAAAGCGAGAAACGCGAAUGGAUGUCGGGCGCUUGCAAAAAUCAGCAAACGCUGAUGCGCUAGCGGACGGCACACCGGCGAGUCGCCCUGCUGCGCACGCAGAAGCUUGA